AUGGCUGCUGACGCGUUUGCGAGUCUCACAGCACCUUCUCACAGAGGAAAAGGCUUGACAGACCCCAUUCCGACUGUUGAGGAUAAGUGGGAACUCUUGCCCGCUUUUUUGAAAGUUAAAGGUCUCGUGAAACAACACAUCGACUCUUUCAACUACUUUGUGAAUAUCGACCUUCAGAAAAUAGUAGAAGCGAACAAAUGGGUGAAAUCCGAUGUCGAUCCAAGGUUUUGGUUAAAAUUCGUAAAAAUUUCAGUAGGAUUUCCAGAGCGGCCUGACCUAUUGGAUCAACACAGAAUGUACACCCCACAAGAAUGUCGAUUACGCGAUUUAACCUACAGCGCGCCAAUUUUUGUGGACGUAGAGUAUGUGAGAGGCAAUGCACGUGUGCUGCAGCGAAAUAUACGAAUUGGGCAGCUACCCAUCAUGCUUCGUAGCUCGCAUUGUAUUUUGUGUGGUAAAAAUGAAACAGAGUUGGCUAGAAUGCACGAAUGUCCUCUGGAUCCUGGUGGUUAUUUUAUCGUGAAAGGGACUGAAAAGGUUAUUUUGAUACAAGAACAACUUUCUAAGAAUCGGAUAAUUGUGGAAAGUGAAAAAAAAGGUGCUGUCCAGGCUUAUGUUACAAGUUCAACACAUGAGCGAAAAAGUAAAACAUAUGUAGUUUCCAAACACGAUAAAAUAUUUCUUAAACAUAAUUCGAUAUCUAAUGAUGUGCCCAUUGUGGUGGCAUUGAAGGCAAUGGGAAUGUUAUGUGACAAAGAGAUAGCACUACUCGUGUGUGGGGAAAACGAGAUUUUUUUAAACAUGUUUGCCCCAAAUAUCGAAGAAUGUGCUAGCAUGAAAAUCUUCACACAGAACCAAGCGCUCGAAUACAUUGGAAAAUCAAUCAAAGUGACGCGAAAAAACGCGUCAUUAAAGAACCCGAUCAUCGACGAAGCGCUCGAAAUUCUCGCGACAACAGUCUUGGCACAUGUACCAGUUGUAGAUCUUAAUUUCCGUUCAAAGUGCAUCUAUAUUUCUUUUAUGGUGAGACGAGUGUUGAUGGCUAUUGCCAAUCCAAAGCUGGUUGAUGAUCGUGACUAUGUCGGGAAUAAAAGAUUGGAAUUGCGAGUGGAUCUAUUCAAAAAGUUUAAUUCCGAAGUGAAAACUAACAUCGACAAAGUGCUAAGGAAACCGAAUAGAGCACAAGAAUUCGAUGCAGUAAACUAUGUGAAAUAUCAUAGUGAUCAUAUCACAAAUGGUUUCAUUCGAGCAAUAUCCACAGGAAAUUGGACAGUAAAACGUUUCAAGAUGGACAGAGCUGGCGUGACGCAUGUUCUAAGUCGCCUAAGCUAUAUAUCAACACUUGGUAUGAUGACAAGAAUCACUUCACAAUUCGAGAAAACCCGAAAAAUUAGUGGUCCUCGAGCACUGCAACCAUCACAGUGGGGUAUGUUGUGCCCGGCUGAUACGCCAGAAGGUGAAGCUUGUGGUUUAGUAAAGAACCUUGCAUUGAUGACUCAUAUCACAACUGAUGAUGAGGAGGUUCCUUUAGCGAACUUUGUCUUUAAUCUUGGUCUUGUCGAAGAUAUUAACCUUUCGACUGGCGCUGAAAUUUAUGCAAGAAAAGCUUACGUCAUUUUCUUGAAUGGUAUUGUGCUUGGGAUUACCCGUCAAGCCGCCACAUUUGUCAAAAAUUUCCGGAAAAUACGUCGACAUGGUGGUAUUUCAGAGUUUGUGAGCAUAUACACAAAUCAUCACCAAAAAACCAUUUAUAUUGCUUCGGAUGGUGGACGUGUUUGUCGGCCAUUAAUAAUUGUGGAAAAUAAAAAACCCAAAGUCACGCAAAAGCAUAUUCAGAUGCUUAAACAAGGUCGAUGUGAUUUCAAUUAUUUUUUAAGAAAAGGGCUCAUCGAAUAUCUGGAUGUCAAUGAAGAAAAUGACUCGUUGAUUGCCAUAUAUGAGCGUGAGAUUAUUGAUGAGACUACACAUCUUGAAAUAGAACCUUUCACUAUUUUGGGUGCUGUUGCAGGGUUAAUUCCGUAUCCUCAUCACAACCAAAGUCCAAGAAACACUUAUCAAUGUGCUAUGGGCAAACAAGCCAUCGGUGCUAUAGCAUCUAAUCAAUUCGAAAGAUUUGAUACACUUCUUUAUUUGAUGGUUUAUCCUCAAGUCCCUCUUGUAAAGACGAAAACCAUUGAACUUGUUCAGUAUGAUAAAUUACCUGCAGGACAAAACGCCAUAGUAGCAGUUAUGAGUUAUUCCGGAUAUGACAUUGAAGAUGCACUGGUUCUUAAUAGAGCGUCAGUAGAUCGUGGAUUUGGUCGUUGCCAGAUGUUGCGUAAAUAUCCAUGUGUUCUCAAAAAAUAUUCGAAUGGAAGCUAUGAUCGUCUUGCUGAUCCGCCGCCAAAAAAGCCCGGGAAUAGCUACAAUAAAUUUGAUAUUCUCGAUAUGGAUGGAAUAGCUGCAGUUGGUGAAAGAGUAUUUGAUAGACAAGUGUUGAUCAACAAGCAAUCACCAACCAAUCUUAAUGAUAAUAUUGCGGCAGUUACCAAUACUGAUGGUCAAGCUAGCUCAUACAAAUCAACACCUACUUCAUACAAGUUUCCUGAACCUUCAUAUAUUGAUAAGGUCAUCAUGACAACUACUGAAAGUGAACAGACACUUAUUAAAGUACUUGUACGACAAACGCGUGUACCCGAAAUAGGGGAUAAAUUUUCUUCGCGCCAUGGUCAAAAAGGUGUAUGUGGAAUUAUUGUGCCUCAAGAAGAUCUCCCGUUUACUGAUCAGGGAAUUUGCCCUGAUAUAAUCAUGAAUCCGCAUGGAUUUCCGUCUCGUAUGACUGUUGGAAAAAUGAUCGAAUUACUGGCAGGCAAAGCGGGAAUUCUUAAAGGAGAAUUUCAGUAUGGUACCGCGUUUAACGGAGGUAAAGUCGAGGAUAUGAGCAAAAUUCUUGUUGAGAAUGGAUUCAAUUAUUCAGGAAAAGAUUAUCUCACAUCUGGAAUCACUGGAGAACCGUUGCAAGCAUAUAUAUUCUUCGGGCCUGUCUAUUAUCAAAAACUAAAACACAUGGUCGUAGACAAAAUGCAUGCGCGUUCAAGAGGUCCUCGUGCAACUCUCACUAGACAACCCACUGAAGGCCGUGCACGUGAGGGUGGUCUACGUCUUGGCGAGAUGGAACGUGAUUGUCUAGUCAGUUAUGGUGCAAGCAUGUUGCUAAUGGAACGUUUGAUGUUGUCAUCAGAUGCGUUUGAAGUGCAUGUUUGUGAAAAUUGUGGAUUGUUGGGUCAAGCACGAUGGUGUCAACAUUGUAAAUCUAGCAAGCACGUCGUAAAUUUACAAAUACCAUAUGCUACAAAAUUAUUGAUUCAAGAGCUUCAGAGUAUGAACAUUGCUACUAGAUUAGUGCUAGAGGACUUUUAUUAG